AUGAAACUUCUCCCGGCAGCGGCUGUGGAAGCGGCGGCGGCAGCGAGAGGAGCUGCAGGCUCCCGCCCUCGCUCCCGCCCCCUCUCCCCGCCGCCGGCUUCGACCGGCCCGAAGGAGGAGCCUCGAGCGCCGCGGCCAGCCGGGGAGCGCGGCCCGCGGGGCUCCCCCGUCCGCGCGGAGUCCGAGCCGGCCUCUCUCCGGAAGGAAAGGCCGCCGCUUGGGCGGCCUCCGGCUCCCAGGGCCGACCCCUGCCCUGUCCCUCCCUCCCCCGCUCCAACUCCCCGCCCAGUUCCCGUCCCGCCCCUGCGCGACCGCGGCUCCACUGAGGUCCUCCGAUCCCCAGAGACCCCAGCAAGCGCGAUCGACCCACUCCGGACCCUCCUAACCCAGCACAGCUGGUCUGGUCCCGGCGUGACCCUUCCCCGUUUUGUUCCGGCCCAGGGCGUCCUGAGGUCACUUAAGCGGUUUCCAUCCUUUUCCCGUUAAACUCGCCCUGCCACUCGGUGCAUUCUUUCCAUUCCUUGUCCCGCUCACUUCUGAAAGUCAGUAGUCUGUCCCACCUCCUUCCCUGUUCUUACCUGCAUCUUUCAUCCCCCUCCCCAGUGUUCACCAAAUGUCACUGUAGCUUGGGGUCUCUAAGAAAAUCCUAGAGGCUGGAAAUGCCUUUUCUGAAAGGCUGGGGGAGGUGAGGUAAGGGAAGCUGGCUUCCCUCAAAAGAUAAAAACCUGGUGUUCUUCACCUGUUGAGUUGGGAAAGGUGGGGCUGCCUAACGGGCCUCCUCAACUCUUUUUCUGGUGCUGGGUCCCUAGAGGUAAGAACCAUGUUCUACUUUCAAUCUUGAAUAGCUCUCGGUCUGACUGUGCGAUGAUGGCUAAAUGUGAGCAAAUGCAUAGGGUCCAUUCCAUCCCAUCCAAAUUGAGAACAUUCUUAUCUCAGAGAACUUAAUCAGAAAAGAAAACAAGAUAGUUUUUAUUCUUGUCUACAAAAUGUAUUCUAAGGCAAUGGCUCUACACAUUUUGCAUUUCAAAUGAGGGAAGGAAUUUUUCAUCAACAGAAUCUCAGAAAAGUUAAAUUGUAUUGGACAAAAUAGUUUCGAGUUGGUUGCUUUGUGAAGAAAAAUAAACUCAAGG